AUGGCAAAAGCUCAAAGGGGAAAAGCUCAAAGGGCAAAAGCUCAAAGGGCAAAAGCUCACAGGUCAAAAGCUCUCAGGCCAAAAGCUCUCAGGCCAAAAGCUCUCAGGUCAAAAGCUCAAAGGGAAAAGCCUAAAGGGAAAAACCUGAAGGGAAAAAGCCCAACGAGCAAAAGCCCAAAGAACAAAAGCCCAAAAGGAAAAAGCCCAACGAGCAAAAGUGCAAAGAGCAAAAGCCCAAAGAGCAAAAGCACUAAACGAAAAAGCCUAAAAGCAAAAAGACCAACGAGCAAAAGCCAAACAAGCAAAAGCCCAAACGGCAAAAGCUCAGACGGCAAAAGCUCAAACGGCAAAAGCUCCCAGCCCAAAGAGCAAAAGCCCAAAGAGCAAAAGCCCCAAGAGCAAAAGUCCAACGAGCAAAAGUCUAAAUCGCAAAAGCCUAAACGGCAAAAGACCAAACGGCAAAAGCUCAAAUGGCAAAAGCUCAAAAGGCCAAAAGAAAAGCCCAAAAACCAAAAGCUGCAGGAGCAAAAGCCCAAAGAGCAAAAGCCCAAGAAGAAAAAGCCAAAAGAGCAAAAGCCCAACGAGCAAAAGCCCAACCGGCAAAAGCUCAAACGGCAAAAGCUCACAGGCCAAAAGCUCACAGGGAAAACGAAAGCCCAACGACCAAAAGCCCAACGAGCAGAAGUCAAACGAGCAAAAGCCCAAACGGCAAAAGCUCAGACGGCAAAAGCUCAAACGGCAAAAGCUCAAACGGCAAAAGCUCAAACGGCAAAAGCUCACAGGCGAAAACCUCACAAGCCAAAAGCUCACAGGGAAAAGCCUAAAUAGGAAAAGCCCAAAGACCAAAAGCUCCAAGAGCAAAAGCCAAAGAGCAAAAGCUCAAACGGCCAAAAGCUCACAGGGAAAAGCGUAAAUAGGAAAAGCCCAAAGAACAAAAGCCCCAAGAGCAAAAGCCCCAAGAGCAAAAGCCCAAAGAGCAAAAGCGCAAGGAGCAAAAUCCCAAGGAGCAAAAGCCCAAAGAGCAAAAGCCCAACGAGCAAAAUCUCAAACGCAAAAGCUUCCAGGCGAAAACCUCACAAGCCAAAAGGUCACAGGCCAAAAGCUCACAGGGAAAAGUCUAAAUAGGAAAAGCCCAAAGAGCAAAAGCCCCAAGAGCAAAAGCCCAAGAAGCAAAAGCCUAAAGAGCAAAAGCCCAAAGAGCAAAAGCCCAACGAGCAAAAGCCUAAACGGCGAAAGCCCUAA